AUGGAAACAUUCUUCAACACUGAGAAGUACGACAAACUGUAUAACUGUAGUUACUACAGUGAAGACCUGAUCCCUGAGGCACAAAAGAAGCAUGUUUUAUUUGGACUUGGCAUGGUCGCUUUUUAUUGUGUUUGUAUGGUCAGUUUUUACAAAUGUUGAGCCUAUUUGGAAAUCUUUAACCUAUGAUAACGUUUUUAACAACUUUUUUAUAGUUCUUGUACGUACCAUGUCUAUUGGCGAUAGCAUUUUCAUCCUUGAUUCGUCGCUCGAGUUACCAAUUGAUGAUGUUUUUGGGAAUAAAUCAUAUUUGUGGACUGUCUGCGUGUGCUUUGUCCGCUGGACUGUUGUCUAUAUUUGGAGUGGAGUUUUGUCAACGUCCUACUAUUGUUUAUUUUGUUGGUACUCUGGGACUACGUAAGUUUACUCCUACUAUUAUGAGCCGCUUUAACAUAACUCUACCUUACGCCACCCUACCCUACCUUGCCCUACCCUACCCUACCCUACCCUACCCUACCCUACCCUACCCUACCCUACCCUACCCUACCCUACCCUACCCUACCCUACCCUACCCUACCCUACCCUAUCCUACCCUACCCUACCCUACCCUACCUUGCACUUUUACUCUAUUCUACCGUUUUUUCUUUACAAUAAUUUAACCUAUGAUAUGUUACAGUAUCUUGGUGCGGCUCCACAAUGACAAGUUUCGUAUUAGGUGUUAACCGCUGCUGUGAACUGGAUAGUAGUGUAACAGCUGAAAGAUUCUUUGGCGGUAACAGAAAAUAUUUUUGGUUAGUAGUCUUAACAUUAUAUGCUAUUUCACCAACAAUAUAUACCAUGCCACCUAUAUAUGACCCUAUUAUGAUGUCCGCCUUCUUCAACCCGCAUCAUGCGUACUUUAACGAUGAUGGCGCUAUUGUAAGGCUUUUAUAUUUUCAGAAAAUUUUGGCAUUUUGCUACAUUUUUGGUUUUCCCAAUACUUUAUAUGUUUUCGUCAAAUUUAUAAAUUUUUUCGAUAUUUUUGUGAUAUUUUGUCAAAUUUUUAAAAAAUAACUGGAGAUAAAAGUUUCAUAUAUAUUAGAUUUUAAAGUAGUUUAAAAAAUACAAUUCUUUAGUUGACGUUUCGUCAAAAUUCGAAAUUUUUCCGAUAAUUAUUGUGACAUUGCGACAAAUUUUUACAACAAGAUUUUUUAGCUGAAGAGCUGCCAAACCUUUUUAAAAAUAGAAUGUUUUUAGUACUACAACCUGUUUCACUUGGCCAACAACGUGUUCGUAUGUGUUGCUCAUACUGGUGUCUACAUCGUAUUUAUCAGUUUGUACCUAAAACGAGUUCGAGCAGCUCAAAAGAAAGUGAUUAGAGACAGAAAUGUACGUUUAUUUCAUUUUAAAUUUAAAUAACUUUUAAUAUUUUUAGACAUAUAUCCAAAUCAUAUCGAUUGGACUGAUUCAUUUCAUAGCCAGCAUACUGUAUGUGGUACAGCAAUUUAUUCCUGUGACAUUUUACAGUACUUUACUGGCUUCUACCUUUUAUAUGUUGUCUCAGGGUACGUGUACAAACUUUAGAAAUUUUUUCAAAAACUAUUGAUAGCAGUACAAAGCAUCGUACCUAUAUACAAUAUAUUAAGCAUCGUACUCAAAUAUAUUAUUUUAGGUGUAGCCCCUUUUAUAUAUCUGAUAUACAACAACAGUAUUAG